AUGUCUGCUGAUGAAUCAAAUAUAAUUUGCAUUGAAGAUGAAGAAAAUAUAGAAGAAAAUGGGGUGAAAUACUCUGACAAACUUCCUGUAUGUCAAGGUCCAUCAAAAAUUUUGUGCCGUUCGUCUUCACAAGAAGUGAUUCAAGAAAACGAACGGAAGAAACGUGGAAAAAAUUAUGCUGUACCAUCUAUUUUAGACGAUUUUUUUGGUGUAUAUUGUUUAUUGAGUCGAAGUCCGAAUAGAUAUUUUAAGAAUCGUUGUUACAUUGGUUAUACUGUUAAUCCUAAUCGGCGUAUACGUCAACAUAACGCUGGGAAAGAAUUUGGGGGAGCCAAAAAAACAGAUCACAGAGGACCAUGGGAUAUGGUCUGUAUCAUACAUGGUUUUCCAAAUAGUGUAUCUGCACUGCGCUUCGAAUGGGCUUGGCAAAAUCCAGAGAAGUCACGAAGGCUGCGACUUUUAAAUUUAAAGAAAAGAACAAGUGAAACUGCUUUUGGAUUUCGUUUGCGUAUUGCCUGUCAUAUGCUGAAUAGCGAUCCAUGGCGACGUCUCUCACUUACAUUCCGAUGGCUGUUACCUGAACUGGAAAUUCCGUUCCCAUUGGAUGUUCUACCUCCUUCUCAUAUUGCUGUAGAACAUGGUGCUGUGACAAAAAUAUCGACGUUAAUACCCCAAUUGCAGGAAGAAUACGAUGUUGCUGGAACUUGUUCGCUGUGUUUAAAGCCAAUACUUUCGAUUUCGGAAUUGCUUCGUUGUCACGCCAAUGAGACAUGCAAAUCCCAUUUUCACAUGCGAUGUUUGUCGAAACAUGCUUUGAAUGCAGUUGAUGAAUACAGAACUUCCUUGUUUCCGAUUCAAGGGCAGUGUCCCAAAUGUGGUGUGGUUUACCUUUGGGGUGACUUGAUUAGGGAUCAGCGAAUUUUGUUAGCAGUCAAUAAGUUUAAUUCAAGUAGUACAUUAUUCAAUAUGAUACCUCAUGGUAAACUCAUUAAAAUGUAG